GCGCCCAUAUGAACAACGUCAGUGGAAACUCUAAGGUUCGUAUUGAGGAUGUCUUCUUUAAUCGCACUGGAAAAGUCUAUCGAUACGAUAAAACGAGCAAUCGAUGGAAUUACAGACUUUCUCAGUGUUUCUCUGCGUAUCGCUAACGCCCAUACUGUGGACUUCUACACCCGCCAUGUGUGGAAAGAGCUGAUCGCUGUGCCUCCCGACAGCGUACUGGCCGUCAUAUGUAAUACAAGCUUGGACCACGAGGGGGCGCCAGAUGGUGCGGCUCGGCACACCUACGGCUUCUGUGAGGACACCAAGCGGCUGGUGGACGUGGGGGGCUUCCUCCGAGCAACGAAACUCCGGUCCCUUCCCGCGUCGGGCGUCUGCGUGCCGCUCCAGCAGCUAAUGGAUGCUUUGCACGUGCACGGCCAACCCCUCCAGCCUGAAGAAGAUGGGACCCUGGAGCCCGACGAGUUUAUGAACUCCAAGAAGUCUCACGAAGUGCAGAUCCUGUCUGAGGUGGUGGUCUCCCUGGCCAGGUGCUGCCGUCUGCAACAGGUGGUGGACGUCGGUUCCGGAAAGGGCUACCUGUGCUCCUUCCUGUCGCUGCGCUACGGCCUGCGGGUGUACGGCGUCGACUCCUCCAGCAGCAACACGCACGGCGCCCGCGAGAGGAACCGCAAGCUGAAGAAGUACUCGAAAGCGUACCGGAGACGCAGCCGGACGAGGGCGCGAGGGGGACCUCGGGAGGCCGGUGGGAGGAGCUGGUCUCGGGCGGACGGAGGCCGCGCCUCCAACUCCGGGUCGCGGGGGAGCGCGGAUGGCGUGUCGGGCGACGAGGCCGACGUGCAUCCGGACGGAGCCGGACCGGAGCCGGAGGACCCCUUCCUCGGCCUCCUCCCUCUGGAGGCGGCUGAGCCGCCCCCCUUCCGGGCGCCCCCCGCCGAACUGAGCCCGGAGGAGAGGGAGAGGAGGAAGCAGGAGAACUUGGAGAGGAAAAGCAAGGGGUCGAGGGAUGAGGGUCUGUACUCGCCCCUGACGUCCUACGUUACCGCGGAAACGGAGCUCCGAGAGAUUAUCGCGGAACUGGAGGAUGCCGUCUUGGUUGGCCUGCACACCUGCGGAGACCUGGCUCCCAGCACGCUGCGCAUGUUUGCGGCCAAGCCGGAGCUGCGGGCGUUGUGCAGCGUCUCCUGCUGCUACCACCUGCUGUCGGAAGAGUUUGACCAGGCAGCGCCGGAGAGGCCGGUUGGUGGCGUGUGGGGGUUCCCUAUGAGCCAGUACCUAAGAGACCAGGCUUGGUUCUGCGGCCGGAACGCGAGGAUGUCCGCAUGCCUGGCCUUAGAAAGAGUUGCUGUCGGCAAGGGGCUCCCCACUGAGUCGCUCUUCUACCGCGCCGUCUUCCACGUCAUUCUGCAGGACCACUACAAUGCCUUUAAAAGCGAGAAGCGCGUGGGGAACGUGUACUCCAAAGCCGGUUCUUUCGUCGAUUACGUGAGGAAAGCCCUGAGGAAGCUGGAGCUCGAUGAGUCGAAGCUCUCCGACAGCCUCGUUCAAAGCUACCACGAUAAAUACCGACCAAGAAUGAAGGAGAUGGAGGCGUUCAAUAUGCUGAAGGUGUCCCUGGCUCCCUGCAUCGAGGGCUUGAUACUCCUGGAUCGACUAUGCUACCUAAAGGAGCAGGAGAAGCCAUUUUUUUGUGAGCUGGUGCGGCUCUUUGAUCCCCUAAUGUCGCCGAGAUGCUAUGGAAUCAUUGGUUUGAAGAAGCUACAAAUGUGAAUGUUCUUGAGAUCUUUUUUAUAAAAGCUCCAUAAUAUGCUCAUUACUACAUGUUAAGUCAUCACAGACCAAAGUGUUUAAAUUUGUGUGUACAUAUAUAUAUAUACACACACACGCAUAUGU